UAAACCCGGAAGUGACUGUUGGACUGCAACAAGCCUUGUUGUUGUUGCUCUGCGACCUUUCUAUCAGUUUAUUGGUCUGUAAGUUGAGUCACUGCAUUGAUUACUAGAGAAAACGUGCACGGGAAGUUGUUUUAAAGAAAGGCUUGCUAACAUUUGCAGUUUGGAUCCAUCUGGAUGUUGAGCGUGCGGGCUCUGUUUGGGAUCGGCUUCCUGGUGACCUCAAGGGCCACGGCAGUCCUCGCUCAGACAGGGACAUGCUUGUUGUCCGCCGCAGCUAACAAACACAGGAAGGACUGUUUCAGUAGCAGACCAGCAUCCAGCAUGGCCCAGACCAUCAAAUAUCUCGGGCAGGAGGAGGCGCAGCACAUCGAUGAGGAGCUCUUCAGUGAGUACGGCUUCAGCGUGGACCAGCUGAUGGAGCUGGCUGGACUCAGCUGUGCCACAGCCAUCGGCAGGGCUUAUCCACUUACCUCCCUGGUCAAGGCCAGACCAUCUCUGCUGGUGAUCUGUGGACCAGGUAACAACGGAGGCGACGGCCUGGUCUGUGCCCGACAUCUGAAACUCUUUGGUUACGAGCCCACCAUCCUGUACCCGAAGAGGCCAAACAAACCUCUGUUCCAGGGCCUGACCACGCAGUGCCAGAAGAUGGAGAUCCCCUUCCUGACUGAGAUGCCUGAGGCCAAAGUGAUUGAUGAGGCUUACAACCUGGUGAUAGACGCCAUCUUCGGCUUCAGCUUUAAGGGCGCUGUGCGAGAGCCUUUUGGGUCCAUCCUAAACGUGUUGAGGAAGACGACCGCCCCCAUAGCCAGCAUCGACAUCCCUUCAGGUUGGGAUGUGGAGCAGGGCAGUGCAGACGGACUGCAGCCCGACAUGCUCAUCUCUCUCACCGCUCCCAAGAAGUCUGCCUCCUUGUUCAGAGGACGAUACCACUUCCUGGGAGGCCGUUUUGUUCCACCGGCCCUUGAGAAGAAGUACCAGCUCAACCUGCCUCAGUACCCCGGCCUGGACUGUGUGUUACGGCUGUAGGGGAGGUACCGUCAAAAAACAGAAAAGAACGCAGAUGGACCUUUAAAUAUGGGAACUUGAUCGGUUAUCAUUAAAUCCAAUAGGGUGUUAUAAUAGAGCUUUAUUUGCUCUCUGGAAGAUUGUUUUUAAUCAUGUGAAGGCACAAAGCUUUAACGUGGUGGUUGCUUCAGCUACAUGAAAAUAAAACAAACCAAAAUGA